GACCCCCAGUCUCAUUUGAAGUGCAGAGACCUCGAGCGCCGAGACAGCAGAGCCGCAAGAGAAGCGCUCUGCAACAGACGGGGAAUGACGUCACGGGAAGGAGCCGCUCACCCCGCCGCUGCAGGAAAGAGGAAGUUUGACGUAAAAACGAAAGUAGAUUGAUAUUGGUUCAUAUUGCAUUGGAACGACUUCACGUAGCGUAGGCCUACGUGAAGUCGAAAGGCGAAAAUAUGGCAGGAUUUGGAAGUGAAUAUAUGAAGGGGGAGACCGGGAGUGGGUCUGGGAAGCCGUCCUCACCUCCGUCAUUCGAAAAGGAGAGUGGCGAAGAAAACAUGGAACUUGGAAGGAUUCGCUCUGAAUUAAUCGACUGUUUGUCUGUCGACGAUGUCAUCGGUCUCCUGCAUUACCUUAGGAUGAUGAAUGUGUUGAAUGACCAGGAGAUGAAGACUGUAGAGGGCCAGAUGACCAGUAAAGACAGAGCACGUUGUCUCAUUGAUACGGUGAUGGGGAAAGGGGAGAGAGGAAGUCGCCUGAUGGUUGAUUAUCUGACGGAGAGGCAGCCUGACCUAUGCUUGACCCUGGGUCUCACCCCAACUUCUGCUCGGAUCAAACUUGGAUGGAUUGGCUCUAAAUUAAUCGACAGGUUGUCGGACUACAAUGUCAUCGAUCUCCUGCAUUACCUUAGGAAGAUGAAUGUGUUGAAUGACCAGGAGAUGAAGACUGUAGAGGGGAUGAUGACCAUUAAAGACAGAGCACGUUGUCUCAUUGAUACGGUGAUGGAGAAAGGGGAGAGAAAAAGUAGCCUGAUGGUUGAUUAUCUGUCGGAGAGGCAACCUAACCUAUACUGGAUCCUGGGUCUGACCCCAACUUCUGCCCGGAUCAAACUUGGAAGGAUUCGCUCUGAAUUAAUCGACAGGUUGUCGGACGACGAUGUCAUCGGUCUCCUGUAUUACCUUAGGAAGAUGAAUGUGUUGAAUGACCAGGAGAUGAAGACUGUAGAGGAGAAGAUGACCAGUAAAGACAGAGCACGUUGUCUCAUUGAUACGGUGAUGGAGAAAGGGGAGAGAGCGAGUAGCCUGAUGGUUGAUUAUCUGACGGAGAGGCAACCUGACCUAUGCUGGACCCUGGGUCUGACCCCAACUUCUGCCUGGAUCAAACUUGGAAGGAUUGGCUUUGAAUUAAUCGACAGGUUGUCUGACGAUGAUGUCAUCAGUCCCCUGUAUUACCUUAAGAGGAUGGAUGUGUUGAAUGACCAGGAGAAGAAGACUGUAGAGGGGAAGAUGACCAGUAAAGACAGAGCACGUUGUCUCAUUGAUACGGUGAUGAGGAAAGGGGAGAGAAAAAGUCGCCUGAUGGUUGAUUUUCUGUCGCAGAGGCACCCUGACCUAUGCUGGACCCUGGGUCUGACCCCAACUUCUGCUCGGAUCAUACUUAGAACGAUUCGCUCUGAAUUAAUCGACAGGUUGUCGGACGACGAUGUCAUCGAUCUCCUGUAUUACCUUAGGAUGAUGGAUGUGUUGAAUGACCAGGAGAUGAAGACUGUAGAGGAGAAGAUGACCAGUGAAGACAGAGCACGUUGUCUCAUUGAUACGGUGAUGGGGAAAGGGGAGAGAGGAAGUCGCCUGAUGGUUGAUUAUCUGAAGGAGAGGCACCCUGACCUAUGCUGGACCCUGGGUCUGACCCCAACUUCUGCCUGGAUCAAACUUGGAAGGAUUCGCUCUGAAUUAAUCGACAGGUUGUCGGACGACGAUGUCAUCGAUCUCCUGCAUUACCUUAGGAAGAUGGAUGUGUUGAAUGACCAGGAGAAGAAGACUGUAGAGGGGAAGAUGACCAGUAAAGACAGAGCACGUUGUCUCAUUGAUACGGUGAUGGAGAAAGGGGAGAGAAAAAGUAGCCUGAUGGUUGAUUAUCUGAAGGAGAGGCACCCUGACCUAUGCUGGACCCUGGGUCUGAACCCAACUUCUGCUCGGAUCAAACUUGGAAGGAUUCGCUCUGAAUUAAUCUACUGGUUGUCGGAAGACGAUGUCAUCGGUCUCCUGUAUUACCUUAGGAUGAUGAAUGUGUUGAAUGACCAGGAGAUGAAGACUGUAGAGGAGAAGACGACCAGUGAAGACAGAGCACGUUGUCUCAUUGAUACGGUGAUGGAGAAAGGGGAGGGAGCAAGUAGCCUGAUGGUUGAUUAUCUGACGGAGAGGCACCCUGACCUAUGCUGGACCCUGGGUCUGACCCCAACUUCUGCUCUGAUCAGGUUUGGUAGGAGUCAGGAGUCAUUCAGUAGAAAGGAGAGACCUGGUCUGAUGUCCCCGUCUCUGCCCCUCAAAAUGCAUGAAGGCGACAGCGAGCUGGAACUUGGAAGGAUUCGCUCUGAAUUAAUCGACAGGUUGUCGGACGACGAUGUCAUCGCUCUCCUGCAUUACCUUAGGAUGAUGGAUGUGUUGAAUGACCAGGAGAUGAAGACUGUAGAGGGGAAGAUGGCCAGUGAAGACAGAGCACGUUGUCUCAUUGAUACGGUGAUGAAGAAAGGGGAGGGAGCGAGUAGCCUGAUGUUUGAUUAUCUGAAGGAGAAGCACCCUGACCUAUGCUGGACCCUGGGUCUGACCCCAACUUCUGCUCGGAUCAAACUUGGAAGGAUUCGCUCUGAAUUAAUCGACAGGUUGUCGGACGGCGAUGUCAUCGCUCUCCUGCAUUACCUUAGGAAGAUGAAUGUGUUGAAUGACCAGGAGAUGAAGACUGUAGAGGAGAAGAUGACCAGUGAAGACGGAGCACGUUGUCUCAUUGAUACGGUGAUGGAGAAAGGGGAGAGAGCGAGUAGCCUGAUGGUUGAUUAUCUGACGGAGAGGUGCCCUGACCUAUGCUGGACCCUGGGUCUGACCCCAACUUCUGCUCGGAUCAAACUUAGAAGGAUUCGCUCUGAAUUAAUCGACUGGUUGUCGGACGACGAUGUCAUCGAUCUCCUGCAUUACCUUAGGAAGAUGGAUGUGUUGAAUGACCAGGAGAAGAAGACUGUAGAGGAGAAGAUGACCAGUGAAGACGGAGCACGUUGUCUCAUUGAUACGGUGAUGAAGAAAGGGGAGAGAGGAAGAAGCCUGAUGGUUGAUUAUCUGACGGAGAGGCACCCUGACCUAUGCUGGACCCUGGGUCUGACCCCAACUUCUGCUCGGAUCAAACAUGGAAGGAUUCGCUCUAAAUUAAUCUACUGGUUGUCAGACCACGAUGUCAUCGAUCUCCUGCAUUACCUUAGGAUGAUGGAUGUGUUGAAUGACCAGGAGAUGAAGACUGUAGAGGAGAAGACAAACAGAGAAGACAGAGCACGUUGUCUCAUUGAUACGGUGAUGAGGAAAGGGGAGAGAGCAAGUCGCCUGAUGGUUGAUUAUCUGAAGAGGAGGCACCCUGAACUAUACUGGGCCCUGGGUCUGACCCCAAAUUCUGCUCGGUUCAGGUUUGGUAGGAGUCAGGAGUCAUUCAGUAGAAAGGAGAGUCCUGGUCUGAUGUCCCCGUCUCUGCCCCUCGAAAUGCAUGAAGGCGACAGCGAGCUGGGGACGAGUCUCACCGAAGACAUAGCAAGCAUGUCUUUGAUGGACAGGUGUGAAGAGGAGGACGGUUCUGAUUCUGACGCCAGUGCUGAGAUUGAUGAAGAUGAUGAAGAGGAUGAAGAGGAGAUGCACUUCAAGUCACAUUGUGAAAAAUGUAAAGCAUCUCAGCAGAGUCCUGAGUAUGAGAAGGUUACACCAACGAAGAUUUCUAAGUGGAGCUUCCAGGUACAGCUGGAAGGCGAGGGGACCUAUGAGUGUUCGGCUACAGGUCUGGUGUUUGAGGUGUCGGAGCAGGCUCUGGUCCGCUACUCGGUCCUGUCCUGGUCCAAAUUCUCUGAGUUCCUCCCAGACUCCUGGAGGCCUGCUGGAUCGAUUUAUGAUGUGCACGUGGUCAACAAGGAUCCAUCUGUGCUCCAGUUUAUCCAUUUCCCACACUCUCUGUGCCUUGCUGAACCUGAGCUUGAGCUGAGCUUCAGGGUUCUGCAUGUAAAGGGACGCCAACCCAAAAUUGAGCCUACGGUGGACUUCACGGCGAGCCAUUUUAAAUGGCGCGUGUCCUCGCUUUGUCUCCUGGCUCCCAUCAUUCCGGAAAGUCAGAAGAUGAAGCACCACGCGUUGGUGUUGAUUUACAUGGAGCUGAACAAAUACCACAAGAACAAAUUUGUCUUCCACGUGUUUUUGGCCUCGAACAACGACUCUGAGAUCCAGGCUAUUAAAGAACAGGUGAACAAAUCCAGGAAGAAAUGCAUCAUGAUUUACAUGCCGGCCAACUGUAGGCUGGAAGAGAAGUUCUACCACCUCACAAGCGAGCCAGAAAGGAUUCUUGAGCCUCCGAAACUAGAAUUCGUCACUGAAGUGUUAGCGCUGAAGGACUUUUCUGUAGCACGCUUCGGUGAGCGUCCUCCUUUCAGAUUGUUUCUCAUGGACUCGGACUAUGACGAGCCUUUGUGGUCUGCAACAAUCAACGAAGAUGAUUGCAACGGCGAGAAAUCAAAUCUAUCGAAAAUAUUCCGAUUUACUUCGAGGAAGUUCCAGUGGGCCAACAGCAGACAGAGAGUUGCUGGAGAAGGGACUUCUGAUCUCCGAUCUCCAGAGGUGGGUGCAAGUCACAAGCAAGUCUCAAGUCAUAACCUUCAAGUCUCAAGCAAGAUCCAAGUCACUGUGGCCCAAGCAACAUCCAGCCCUCCAGCACCCUCCAGUGCAACACAGCCUGCAGAAGGCGAGCUCAAAAGGAUCUAUGGCGACUUCAUUAGGAGAGUUUCAAUCUCACUUAUCAAAAGUCUCCUGGAUGAACUUUGGCAGAAGAAAAUGUUCACUACCGACGAGAAGGACUCUGUGAUUCAGAAUCAGACAAACAGAAAAGACCAGGCACGUUGUCUGAUCGACAGCGUGAUGGCGAAAGGAGAGAGAACAAGUCAGAUGAUGAUCGAUUGUAUGAAGGAGAUGGACCCUGAAUUUUGCAUCACCCUGGGUCUGAUCUCUACUCCUGCUGCUGGUGUAGCUGAUACUGCAGACGCGGUUUUGAGAAGAAAACUUAGAAGGAUUCGCUCUGAAUUAAUCGACUGGUUGUCGGACGACGAUGUCAUCGAUCUCCUGCAUUACCUUAGGAAGAUGGAUGUGUUGAAUGACCAGGAGAAGAAGACUGUAGAGGAGAAGAUGACCAGUGAAGACGGAGCACGUUGUCUCAUUGAUACGGUGAUGAAGAAAGGGGAGAGAGGAAGAAGCCUGAUGGUUGAUUAUCUGACGGAGAGGCACCCUGACCUAUGCUGGACCCUGGGUCUGACCCCAACUUCUGCUCGGAUCAAACAUGGAAGGAUUCGCUCUAAAUUAAUCUACUGGUUGUCAGACCACGAUGUCAUCGAUCUCCUGCAUUACCUUAGGAUGAUGGAUGUGUUGAAUGACCAGGAGAUGAAGACUGUAGAGGAGAAGACAAACAGAGAAGACAGAGCACGUUGUCUCAUUGAUACGGUGAUGAGGAAAGGGGAGAGAGCAAGUCGCCUGAUGGUUGAUUAUCUGAAGAGGAGGCACCCUGAACUAUACUGGGCCCUGGGUCUGACCCCAAAUUCUGCUCGGUUCAGGUUUGGUAGGAGUCAGGAGUCAUUCGGUAGAAAGGAGAGUCCUGGUCUGAUGUCCCCGUCUCUGCCCCUCGAAAUGCAUGAAGGCGACAGCGAGCUGGGGACGAGUCUCACCGAAGACAUAGCAAGCAUGUCUUUGAUGGACAGGUGUGAAGAGGAGGACUGUUCUGAUUCUGACGCCAGUGCUGAGAUUGAUGAAGAUGAUGAAGAGGAUGAAGAGGAGAUGCACUUCAAGUCACAUUGUGAAAAAUGUCAAGCAUCUCAGCAGAGUCCUGAGUAUGAGAAGGUUACACCAACGAAGAUUUCUAAGUGGAGCUUCCAGGUACAGCUGGAAGGCGAGGGGACCUAUGAGUGUUCGGCUACAGGUCUGGUGUUUGAGGUGUCGGAGCAGGCUCUGGUCCAAUACUCGGUCCUGUCCUGGUCCAAAUUCUCUGAGUUCCUCCCAGACUCCUGGAGGCCUGCUGGAUCGAUUUAUGAUGUGCACGUGGUCAACAAGGAUCCAUCUGUGCUCCAGUUUAUCCAUUUCCCCCACUCUCUGUGCCUUGCUGAACCUGAGCUUGAGCUGAGCUUCAGGGUUCUGCAUGUAAAGGGACGCCAACCCAAAAUUGAGCCUACGGUGGACUUCACGGCGAGCCAUUUUAAAUGGCGCGUGUCCUCGCUUUGUCUCCUGGCUCCCAUCAUUCCGGAAAGUCAGAAGAUGAAGCACCACGCGUUGGUGUUGAUUUACAAGGAGCUGAACAAAUACCACAAGAACAAAUUUGUCUUCCACGUGUUUUUGGCCUCGAACAACGACUCUGAGAUCCAGGCUAUUGAAGAACAGGUGAACAAAUCCAGGAAGAAAUGCAUCAAGAUUGUUAAACCGGCCGUCUGUAGGCUGGAAGAGAAGUUCUACCACCUCACAAGCGAGCCAGAAAGGAAUAUUGAGCCUCCGAAACUAGAAUUCGUCACUGAAGUGUUAGCGCUGAAGGGCUUUUCUGAAGCACGCUUCGGUGAGCGUCCUCCUUUCAGAUUGUUUCUCAUGGACUCGGACUGUGACGAACUUUUGUGGUCUGCUACAAUCAACAAAGAUGAUUGGAACGGCGAGAAAUCAAAUCUAUCGAAAAUAUUCCGGUUUCUUUCAAAGAAGUUCCAGGGGGCCAACAGCAGACAGAGAGUUGCUGCAGAAGGGACUUCUGAUCUCCGAUCUUCACCUCGCCUCUCUCUGGAGCAUAGACUAGAUGCCUGCUCCAUAUCUGGUGCCCCACCCAGCAGCACCACAUCCAGCCCUCCAGCUCCCUCCAGUGAAUCACAGGCUGCAGGACAUCCAACAUCCAGCACCACAUCCAGCCCUCCAGCUCCCUCCAGGGCAACACAGGCUGCAGGACAUCCAACAUCCAGCACCACAUCCAGCCCUCCAGCUCCCUCCAGGGCAACACAGGCUGCAGGACAUACAACAUCCAGCACCACAUCAGGCCCUCCAGCUCCCUCCAGGGCAACACAGGCAGAAGGUGCAGAAGGGGAGCUUCGAAGGAUCCGUUCUAAAUUCGUGAAGAGAGCUUCAAUCGAAGUGAUCAAAGUUCUCCUGGAUGACCUUUUGCAGCAGAAGGUGUUCAGUACUGAGGAAAAGGACUCUGUGAUGGAGAACCAGAGGAAUACAGCAGACCGAGCACGGUGUCUGAUCGACAUGGUGAUGAAGAAAGGGGAGAGAGCAAGUCAGGUGAUGAUUGAUAGUAUGAAGGAGAUGGAGAAUGACUUAUGGAUCACCCUGGGUCUGUAGCCUGGCUAUAUAUCCAGAUACAGGCGGAUGUCAGGUUGGCUUGCAACCAGAAGGUUGCUAGUUCGAUCCCUUUUCUUUGUCCCUGAGCAAGACACCUAACCCUGACUGCUCCUGACGAGCUGGCUGUCACAUUGCAUGGUUUACUCCGCCGUGUGUAUUAGGGCUGGCCCGAAAUAUUUGAAUAUACGAAUACUCGUUCGGAAAAUUAGUAUUCAAAGCAUAAAUCAGUAUUCUGAGCUUUGUUUUUUUUUGUUCCACGUACGUGACGUUACCAGAGCGAGGGAGGCAAACUAUAAGCGACUCCAAGCAGAGAAGCGAGAGAGGUGGAGGAAGAAUAGAUAUCUUAUUUCCCUUUACUGUAUAACACAACAUUAGCGGGAUCUCGGGAGGAAAAGUAAUGCUUAGCGAAAUGCUAACCUUAGCUUAGUUGUUUACGUUCGCUGUUCAGCGCCGCACCAAUCAACUGUGACUGGCUUGCUGCAGAGUGUGAGCGUCUUGGGAAUACCCGGACAAUAUAAUGGAUAUAAUAUGGCCAUAUAAGACAAUCAAUAUUCUGUAUUUGUUAUGGAUUUAUUUAACAAAUUCCCUGAAAAGAUGCACGCUCCAGGAUGAAAUGAAAAGUUCCCGUAAGGGCUGAGAUGGCAGAGGACAGCUGAUUUGGAACGGGAGCUGUUCGCUUUCACGGGGAAAAACUAAGGAACUCCAACUUAUUUAGGUCUACUAAUUAACGUUCAAAAGCUAUUAAAUCUUCAACAAAAUGUGCAGAUACUGUCAAAAUUGGUUCCAGGGAGUAUAUAGGGAUUAUUAAUGUUGUUUUUGAUGGUGUGUUUUUCUGGAACGAAUAUUCAAAUAUUUGCUCGGGUAAACCAACGAGCGUUCGAAGCCUGAAAAAUGGCAUUCGGGCCAGCCCUAGUGUGUAUGAAUGGCUGUAAAUCGCUUUGGAAAAAAGCGUCUGCUAAAUGCCCUAAAUGUAAAUAUAGAUCAUUUACAUAUAAAAAAAUAAAAAUAAAAAAGUUAGAUCGUGAUCCCAGACUUGGUAAAACAAGUUGACAUUGUGCCAAAGAAAGUUUUUUUGUUUUUGUUUAUCUUGACAUUUUUGAUAAUCCACAUUAUCAUCCUUACCACAUCAUCUUGAUUAGCACAAUCUUUAAUCAUAUUCCCCAAGUGGGGAAUGGCUCAUAUCGUUUUUAUAAAUAUGUUAACAUUGAUAUGAGCAAACUCCCACUCGCAGGGUUUUCACAUUAACAUUAUCCUGACACAGUUAUGAUAUUGUUUU